CAUAGCUGGCGUGCCGGAAGUUGUCCAGUGUAGCCGCACGUCAUAUCCGUGCGACGAGCGCGCUCACCGUUGAGCUCACGGAGGAUUGAACAUCUGAACCACAAACAUGGCUCGAAACGCAGAAAAGGCCAUGACGGCUCUGGCCAGGUUUCGUCAGGCGCAGCUGGAAGAGGGAAAAGUGAAGGAGAGAAGACCUUUCCUGGCGUCGGAGUGUAAUGAGUUGCCCAAAGCCGAGAAGUGGAGGAGACAGAUCAUCAGUGAGAUUUCCAAGAAGGUUGCACAGAUUCAGAACGCCGGUCUGGGCGAGUUUAAGAUCCGCGACCUCAACGAUGAGAUCAACAAACUGCUGCGAGAGAAAGGCCACUGGGAAGUGCGGAUCAAGGAGCUCGGCGGACCGGACUACCGGAGAGUGGGGCCGAGGAUGCUGGAUCACGAGGGUAAAGAGGUUCCGGGAAACAGAGGAUACAAGUAUUUCGGCGCCGCUAAAGACUUGCCUGGAGUCCGAGAGCUGUUCGAGAGCGAGCCCGUUCCGCCGCCCAGGAAAACCCGUGCGGAGCUCAUGAAGGACAUCGACGCCGAGUAUUAUGGGUAUAGAGAUGAAGACGAUGGUGUGUUAGUGCCGCUGGAACAGGAGUAUGAGAAGCAAGUGAUCGCCGAGGCGGUGGAGAAGUGGAAGGCAGAGAGAGAGUCUCGACUAUCAGCAGGAGGAGUGAAGGACACGGAAGUGGAGGAGGAGGAGGAACACAUCUACGCCGUCAGAGAUGAAGAGCAGUCCGACGACGAGGCGGGAGAGCCGAUGGAGGGAGAGGAUGCGCAGUCGUUCUUCGCUCAUGUCCCGGUUCCCUCGCAGAAGGAGAUCGAGGAAGCCCUGGUGAGGCGGAAGAAGAUGGAGCUUCUGCAGAAAUACGCCAGCGAGAGUCUGAUGGCCCAGAGUGAAGAAGCCAAGACCCUGCUGGGGUUAUAGUGGACCUGAUGAUGAUCGACCAGAGCCGUGGCUUUAGAGGAGGAGCUCACUUCAGAACUAACAUCUCCGGAUAAUGUACUCUCUCCACGUCAUCCAAGAUGUUCAUGUCUUUCUUUCUUCAGUGGAAAAGAAAUGAAGGUUUUUGAGGAAAACACUCCAGGAUGUUUCUCCGUAUAGUGACUUCAAUGGGGUCCAACGGGUCGAAGGUCCAGAUGUGAGUUUCAGUGCAGCUUCAAAGUCUCGACACGAUCCCAGCCGAGGAAUAAGAGUCU